AUGUUACUAUACAAAUUCUUUACGUUAUUAAUUUCAAUUUCAAUAAUUUUAUGUGAUUCAACACCAAAGACGAGAAAAAGCUGUAUAGCUGGAUCAGAUUGUAUAUAUACAUUACAAUUCACAAAUAUCCCACAAGGCUCAUCACAAUUAUUAAUAUAUGGUCGAUUAAUAUCUGAAAAUGUUAAAGUUGAUUCUAUUUCAAGUUCAAUUGAUAGUGAUUCAGUGAAUGAACAAGACGGUGGUGAUACUGCAAUUUAUGAACUCUUGGAAAUAUCAAAUAAUGUUCAAGACUUGAAGGUUCUCAUCAAGACAAGCACACUAGAUGAUACAGAUUAUAGAAAAGAUGUUAGUGUUAGUUUAAUUGGUGGGUUUAGUGGUGAUGAUAUUGAAUCAACACAGUUUCAAAUAAUGUUUCAAUAA